ACCAUCGUAUCCCAUGUUUCUUAAAAGUUAAUGUAAAAUAUCGUGUUCAACUUUUGAAUUUUAAAUAAUUCUAAACUAAAGGCUAAAAUAAACUAAAUUCUCCUGAUUUUUUUUAUAGUUUUUACAAGUAAAAUGUCUGAUUCUAAUUUAUUAUGGUGUGACCUCGCAAAUUUCUACGAGAACGGCAAAAAGUACUGGGACUCGGUUCCUGCCACAGUUGACGGCAUGCUUGGCGGGUUGAGCCAUGUGUCUAGUGUCGAUAUUGGCGAGUCCAUCAAGUUCCUCAAACAGUUCAUCCAGUCACCAGUUUCCAAAACAAACACAAAUUAUGCCCUAGACUGUGGUGCUGGGAUAGGCAGAGUAACAAAACGACUCCUCCUACCUCUCUUCAAGCAAGUUGACAUGUUAGAACUUUGUCAGCACUUCUUGGACCAGGCCCCAGAAUACAUAGGUGAUGAAAUGAGUCGUGUUCCUAAUUGCAUUUGCAGUGGUCUGCAAGAUUUUCAACCUGAACCCUACAAAUAUGAUGUUAUCUGGUGCCAGUGGGUACUUGGCCAUCUAACAGAUGAUGACCUGGUAUCAUUUUUUCAAAAAUGCAGAUUAGCCCUUACAGCUGAUGGCUUAAUAAUUUUCAAAGAGAAUGUAAGCAUGAAUGCAGAGUUUGAUAAACUGGACAGCAGUUACGUCAGAACAAGAGAAAAUUAUUUGGGCCUAGUUGAACAGGCUGGCUUGUCAGUUAUCAAAGAAACCAAACAAAAAUGUUUCCCUUGUGAUUUGUUUGAAGUUAGAAUGUUUGCAAUAAAAUAAUUUAUUAUCGUUUUUAUUUAUUUUUUUACGAAAAACAGACAGUUUUUCAGCAAUUAUACCAACCACAUACUCGUUUCUUUUUUAAAAGCACUUCUCAUGUUAAAUAGAAAAUACACAUAUACAAAAA